CGUCCGCAAUUGGCAGCGCCGAGGCGGGAACCUUGAGCUUCUCUGUUGUUGAGGGAGCGCUGUCUCCUCCGGUUCCUCCUGGCUGGUGGCACAGCUUCCUUCGGAUCCUCUCUGGUUAAUACUGCUGAAUAUGAGACGAUCGGCAGCACCAAGUCAGUUGCAAGGGAAUCCCUUCAAAAAGCCAAAAUUUAUACCGCCAGCAAGAAGUAAUCCAAGUCCUAAUGAAGAGGUUACAAAGCUGAAUUCAGAUAUAAAAUUAUUUGAGGUUGCUGGAAAUAAGAAUACUUUUCUGCAGUCACAAAAUGAUCCCAGAAUAUGCAGUUUUAAUCUGCCUACUGAAGAAAGUUCUAGAGGAAUUAAUCAUGAGGAUAAUUACAGGGAAAAAUAUUGUUUGGAAGCAUCUGCAAAGACAACAUCAGACCCACAUCAUACAGUUCAUUUAGCCCCUAAAGAAAUAACAGUGUCUAAGGAACAAGAAGAGGAACCUGAUAGCCUAGUUAAAUAUUUCAGUGUUGUUUGGUGUAAGCCUUCAAAGAAAAAACACAAAAAGUGGGAAGGUGAUGCUGUUCUUAUUGUAAAAGGAAAGUCAUUUACAUUAAAGGAUUUGGAAGGCAAAGACAUUGGAAGAGGCAUUGGAUAUAAAUUCAAAGAGCUUGAAAAGAUUGAAGAGGGCCAAACAAUGAUGAUUGGUGGAAAAGAAAUAGAAGUCAUGGGUAUAAUCUCUCGAGAUGAUUUCAACAGUGGCAGAUGUUUUCAGCUUGGAGGAGGAAGUUCUACUGCCUUAUGUUCUUCUCAAGCUGUCAAGAAGUGUUUCUCUAACCCUUUCAAAAGUGUCUGUAAACUAAGUUCAAAGGAAAAUAGACAGAACAGUUUCCAAAGUUGCAGACCACGCCAUGACCCAUAUGCACCAAAUUCCCUUGUUAUGCUACGACCAGAUAAUAAUCACCAGUGGAUGUUCAAUAAGAACCGUUUUCCUGUUGUGGAUGUAGUGAUAGAUCCUCACCUUGUAUUUCACCUGCGACCACAUCAGAAAGAAGGGAUCAUAUUCCUUUAUGAAUGUGUGAUGGGAAUGAGGGUGAAUGGCAGAUGUGGAGCUAUUCUUGCUGAUGAAAUGGGUUUAGGGAAAACAUUGCAAUGUAUUUCGCUCAUCUGGACUCUACAGUGUCAGGGACCCUACGGUGGCAAGCCAGUAAUAAAGAAGACACUUAUUGUCUCACCUGGAAGCUUGGUGAAUAAUUGGAGGAAAGAAUUUCAAAAAUGGCUAGGAAGUGAAAGGAUCAAGAUAUUUACUGUUGAUCAGGACCACAAAGUAGAAGAAUUCACCAAAUCUCCAUUUUAUUCUGUUCUUAUCAUCAGUUACGAAAUGUUACUUCGUUCCCUGGAUCAAAUUAAGAAUAUAAAAUUUGAUCUUCUAAUUUGUGAUGAAGGGCAUCGUUUGAAGAACAGUACCAUUAAGACAGCUACAGCCCUCAUUAGCCUCGCCUGUGAGAAAAGGAUAAUUCUAACUGGUACUCCAGUUCAGAAUGAUCUCCAAGAAUUUUUUGCAUUAAUUGAUUUUGUAAAUCCAGGAAUAUUAGGCUCUUUGCCAUCUUAUAGAAAAAUAUAUGAAGAACCCAUUAUUAAAUCGAGACAACCUUCUGCUUCUGAGGAAGAAAAGGAGUUAGGAGAGAGAAGAGCAGCUGAACUUACUUGCCUCACUGGGCUCUUUGUCCUUAGAAGAACCCAAGAAGUCAUAAGUAAAUAUCUCCCACCUAAGAUAGAGAAUGUAGUCUUUUGCCGACCAGGAGCCCUACAGAUUGAACUUUAUCGAAAACUGUUGAAUUCUCAGGCUGUCAGAUUCUGCCUUCAAGGAUUGUUGGAAAAUAGUUCUCAUCUAAUAUGUAUUGGAGCUCUUAAAAAACUGUGCAAUCACCCCUGCCUUUUGUUCAGCUCAGUAAAGGAAAAAGAAUGCAGCUCAACUUGGGAUGAGAAUGAAGAAAGGAAUCUAUAUGAAGGCUUGAUAAAUGUGUUUCCCGCUGAUUACAACCCACUCAUGUUUACUGAGGAAGAGUCAGGAAAACUACAGGUGCUGUCAAAGCUCUUAGCUGUUAUCCACGAACUUUGUCCUGAUGAAAAGGUGGUGUUGGUAUCCAACUAUACACAAACCUUGAAUAUUUUACAAGAAGUAUGCAAGCGUCAUGGAUAUGCUUAUACAAGACUUGAUGGACAAACACAGAUCUCUCAAAGGCAACAAAUUGUUGAUGGCUUUAAUAGUAAAUACUCUUCUGAUUUUAUUUUUUUGUUAAGUUCAAAAGCUGGUGGUGUGGGACUUAACCUUAUUGGAGGAUCUCACUUAAUUCUCUAUGACAUUGAUUGGAAUCCAGCCACUGAUAUCCAGGCAAUGUCUAGAGUGUGGAGAGAUGGUCAGAAACAUCCUGUACAUAUUUACAGACUCCUAACCACAGGUACAAUAGAAGAAAAGAUCUAUCAAAGGCAGAUCAGUAAGCAAGGUCUUUCUGGGGCAGUUGUAGACCUAACCAAGACAUAUGAUCAUAUUCAGUUUUCAGUAGAAGAACUUAAAAAUUUGUUCACAUUACAUGAAAGUUCACAUUGUGUUACUCAUGACCUGCUUGACUGUGAAUGUACGGGAGAAAAUCAUACAGAUGAUUCAUUGGAAAAAUUCCCUAUCUUUAGAAAUUGUCAGCUUGGUACACAUCAGCAGAAGUCUGACUCCCUGAAACCUGUCUCCAUGUCACAGCUGAAGCAAUGGAAACAUUUUUCUGGAGAUCAUUUAAAUCUUACAGAUCCUUUUCUUGAAAGAAUAAGAGAAAAUGUGUCAUUCUUUUUUCAGAAUAUAACCAAUCAAACUACUGCUAUAUAACCCCCUUUAAAAAAUUAAUCUAGUAAGUAA